UGCGCCGAGGAUCAUUCAAGGAUCACUCAGCUGGGAGCAAGCCGAGAGGAAGCGCUUUCAUUCAUCUUCUCCGUCCCACCUCCACACCGCGCCCGCGCCCGCGCCGCCUUUACAACUUUCCGCUCUCCAAAGUUGGCACCUUUCGAAAGUCGCCGCCUUCACCCGCCGUCAUGUCCGCCUUGACCGCGCUGAGCGGCGCCGUCCUGCUCCUGCUCCUGCCGCACGUCUGUCGGUCGUCGUCGGACCCGGCGCCGCGCUCCCUGGCCGCCGACCCCGCCGCCGGGCACUGCCCCUCCUGCGCCCUGGCCGGGAUGCGCGGCGGUCCGGCCGAGGAGCCCGAGGAGGAGGAGGCGCAGCGGGAAGUGGUGGAGGCGGUCAAGCGGCACAUCCUCAACAUGCUCCACCUCCACGCGCGCCCCAACAUCACCCGGCCCGUGCCCCGCGCCGCGCUCCUCAACGCCCUGCGGAAGCUGCACGUGGGCCGGGUGGCGGACGACGGCAGCGUGCACAUCGGGGGGGAGGAGGCCGAGGGCGGGGGGUGGCGGGGGGAAGGCGGCGCCGAAGGAGGGGGAGGAGGGGCGGCUCGCGCCCGAGACGACGACGAGCGAGACGCCACCGAGAUCAUCACCUUUGCCGAGGCCGGUGAGACGCGGGACACGGUGACCUUCGUGCUGUCCAAAGAUGACGGCGGCGGCGGCGAGGUGUCUCUGGUGGAGCAGGCCAACGUGUGGCUCUUCCUGCGCUUGGCCAAGAACAACCGCAGCCGCGCCAAGGUGACCAUCCGCCUGUUCCAGCGCGGCGCCGCCUCAUCUUCGCCGCAGGAUGACGUCUUGCUGGCGGAGAAGACGGUGGACACCCGCCGCAGCGGCUGGCACACCUUCCCGGUGUUGGCCGCGGUCCAGGCGCUUCUGGAGCGCACGGACGGGGCGGGCGCGGCGCUCGCCGUCAGGGUGUCCUGCCCGCUCUGCGCCGGCUUCGGCGCCACGCCCGUGCUGGUGUCCGCCGGCGAAGCGUCGCAGCGACGCGGCGGCCAGCGCGAGCAAUCCCAACGGGAGCAAUCCCACCGGCCCUUCCUGAUGGCGGCGGUGCGGCCGGAGGACUCGGGCGACUCUCGGCGGCGGCGAAAGCGAGGCCUGGAGUGCGACGGCAAAGUGCGCGUGUGCUGCAAGCGCCAGUUCUACGUCAACUUCAAAGACAUCGGGUGGAACGACUGGAUCAUCGCGCCCAGCGGCUACCACGCCAACUACUGCGAGGGCGAGUGCCCGUCGCACGUGGCCAGCAUCACGGGCUCGGCGCUGUCCUUUCACUCCACCGUCAUCAGCCAUUACCGCAUGCGGGGCUACAGUCCCUUCCAGAACCUGCGCUCCUGCUGCGUGCCCACGCGGCUGCGCGCCAUGUCUAUGCUCUACUACAACGAGGAGCACAAGAUCAUCAAGAAGGACAUCGACAACAUGAUCGUGGACGAGUGCGGAUGCUCCUAGACGCCGCCGGACGCCACGUCGGGUGGUGUCGGGCCGCGUCCGUCCUUGUGGCGCUUUCAGACAAAAAGAAAAAAAAAAUGAAUAUUAAUAUAUUUUUGUUAAAAAUGGAGUGGAUGUGGCCUGUUCAUUUGGCUGAGACCAUGUUGGCGAUGCGGCCGACACAUCGCAAACUAUGCAACUUGUUUGAUGACAGUGAACCCCCGUUUAUCGCAGAGCGUGCGAUCCAGAUGAUCCGGUGACAAUUGCCGAUCUUUUUUAAGAAGGUUACCUUUCAAACACAUUUUAACUUAUCAAAACGAACGUGAAGUUGUUAAAACACGCUUUUCAGAGUAUCCCUUAGUGCCUCUUAACAUCCAAAAAAAUGGGAAACUAUCGCACGGAAUCACUAUGCAGGGGCGGAGCUACGUGUAUAUAUAAAUAUAUAUAUAUAUAUACAACCCCAAUUCCAAUCCCAAUGAAGUUGGGACGUUGUGUUAAACAAAUAAAAACAGAAUACAAUGAUUUGCAAAUCAUGUUCCACCUAUAUUGAAUUGAAUACACUACAAAGGCAAGAUAUGCAAUGUUCAAACUGAUCAACUUGAUUGCUUUUAGCAAAUAAUCUUUAACUUGGAAUUUGAUGGCUGCAACAGGGUCCAAAAAAGCCUCAUGUUGACCACGGUGUUACAUCACAUUUUCUUUGAACAACAUUCAAUCGACGUUUGGGAACUGACGACACGAAUUGUUGAAGCUUUGUCGGUGGAAUUCUUUCCCAUUCUUGCUCGAUGUACAGCUUCAGCCGUUCAACGGUCCGGGGUCUCCGUUGUCGUAUUUUAGGCUUCAUAACGCGCCACGCAUUUUCAAUGGGAGACAGGUCUGGACUGCAGGCAGGCCAGUCUAGUACCCGCAAUCUUUUACGACGAAGGCACGCUGUUGUAAAACGUGCAGAAUGUGGAUUGGCAUUGUCUUGCUGAAAUAAGCAGGGGUGUCUGUGAAAAAGACGUUGCUUGGAUGGCAGCAUAUGUUUCUCCAAAACCUGUAUGUACCUUUCAGCAUUAAUGGUGCCUUCACAGAUGUGCAAGUGACCCAUGCCAUUGGCACUAACACAGCCCCAUACCAUCACAGAGGCUGGCUUUUGAACUUUGCGUCCAUAACAGUCCCGAUGGUUCUUUUCUUCUUUGGCCCGGACGACAUGACAUCCACCAUUUGAAAUGCGGACUCGUCGGACCACAGAACACUUUUCCACUUUGCGUCGGUCCAUCUUAGAUGAGCUCGGGGCCGGAGAGGCCGGCGGCGUUUCUGGGUGUUGUUGAUAAAUGGCUUUCGCUUUGCAUAGUAGAGUUUCAAGUUGCAGAGUUUCAAGUUGCACUUACGGAUGUAGCGCCCAACUGUAUUUACUGACAUUGGUUUUCUGAAGUGUUCCUGAACCCAUGUGGUGAAAUCCUUCACACAUUGAUGUCGGUUUUUGAUGCAGCGCCGCCUGAGGGAUCGAAGGUCACGGGCAUUCGAUGUUGGUUUUCGGCCUCGCCGCUUACAUGCAGUGAUUUCUCCAGAUUCUCGGAACCUUUUGAUGAUUAUUAUUAUUAUGGACAGUAGAUGAUGAAAUCCCUCAAUUCCUUGCCAUUGUACGUUGAGGAACAUUGUCCUUAAACUGUUCGACCAUUUACAAAGAGGUGAAGCUCGCCCCAUCUUUGCUUGUGAAUGACGGAGCAAUUGAGGGAAGCAAUCAUGGCCCCCACCCGUUCCCAAUUCGCCGGUUCACCUGUGGGAUGUUCCAAACACGUGUUUCAUGAGCAUUCCUCAACAUUUUUGGCCACCUGCCUGUCGCAGCUUUUUUGGAACGUGUUGCAGCCAUCAAAUUCUAAGUUCAUGAUUAUUUGCUAAAAACAAUCAAGUUGAUCAGUUUGAACAUGAAAUAUCUUGUGUUUGUAGUGUAUUCAAUUAAAUAGAGGUGGAACCUGAUUUGCAAUUCAGUGUAUUGUUUUUAUUUAUGUUUAACACAACGUCCCAACUUCCUUGGAAUUGGGCUUGUAAUAUAUAUAUAUAUAUAUAUAUAUAUAUAUAAAUAUAUGGGAUAAAUUGCCAAAAAGCAGUUUCAGGGUUGAUUCCUCCAAAAAAAGAAAAAGAAAAAUUCAAUCAAUCUACGACUCGGUGAAUCUCCAGGUGCCGAACCAAGAGCAUGCAGUGAUCCGCUGCAAAAUGUUCAACCAAACCAGAUAAUAACAAAUGGCUGCUACCCGAAUGCUAACAUAUAAUGCAAAACCCUAUUGACGGGCUAAGGGAAAUUAGCACAGAUGUUGUCUAAACCUUCAAACAAGUGCUUCACACACAGAGCAAUCGAGCUCAGUGCUGCCCGGCAUAUUGUGGCAAGACGUGGUACUACAAAUGAAGGCGCACAACUCACACACGCAAAAUCAAACAUUGCUCAGAGAUUUGCCAUAUAGCUGGGGUGUGAACAAUGAAUUGCGAUAUAGCGAGGGUUCACUGUAUCGCCUACUUCCUCUUUUUUGUUUUGUUUGCUGAUUCUUCUCAACGCAACAGAAGAUGGAGACUCUCGUGCGUGCGUGCGUGUGUGUUGAGAUUACUUGAAUGAAACAAGUUGGCUUGGCUGCUGGAACCAAACACUUCUAUGUUACCAUGGUUACCAUGUUCUGAUGUUUACUGUCACUAAAUAUUUGAAUAAUAUUCUCGUUCAUGUUAAUAAUAAUAAUAAUAAUAAUAAUAAUGUUACGUGUUGUUGUUUGAGAAAUGUUUUUGCACUAUAGCGAGACUCCAGGUCACAGGUUUGAUCCCGUCUUCAAACACAAAACGUCCGCUGGCAUCACUGGCGAUGACGUUAGCUUAGCAGCGAGCAAACCACCUGCUAGCCGUGAAAAUAUUUGAUUGGUCGAAUGUUCACCAGCUUCACUUUUUUUUCCACUUUUAGAUCCCUUCAGACACCAAAGAGGCUCACGUGUGUGUGUGUGCGUGCGUGCGUGCGUGCGUGCGUGCGUGGAUGCUGGAAAGUGAGCUCAAACUUUCUAAAUGUACAUUUGUGUCCCCGAAAGGACGACUGGUGUCGACCUUCUCUUCCUACAUUUCCGACAAUGCUUGGCUCCUCCACAUUGCUGGGUUUCGGGGGAGGAAGAAGAAAAUGUUGUCAUUUUCCAGUUUCACCCAAAAACUUUGGUUUGCGUUACUCUCGGACGCGCCCCGACUUCUGAUGGGCCUGAGCGAAAUGAAAAGAAAAAUGAUGAGGGAUAAAAGUUUGUGUUGUUGACACUGAACAAGGACGACUAAGGAUAAAAAACCUAUUUUUUAUUCUGUAAAUAUGGAAAUCAUGGCUUUGAUGUACAAAUGUGCUUGUGACAUUUUCUGAUCUAAUUUAUUGGACUUUUCUGCUUCACAUUAAAGUUUCAAGCGACAAAUGCAAA